AUGAUCCCGGAGCCUGGUUUGAUUUCCUUAAAAGACAAUAAUGGCCUGGAAUUCGUGACUGAGUCUCAGGAUCCACUGGAACCUACCAGUGCCAAAACUGACAGCUCAAGGAAGACCAAGUCAUGGAAGGGGUCCCCUGUGUCUACACCAGAGAUGAGUAAAAAGGAUCGUCUGAGCAGCAGGACAAAGUCCAGUAAGAGUGAUGAAGUGGGUGACCAAGAGAAGGAGCGCCGUGCGGCAUGGCUGGCCAUCAGGUGUGCCGCAGUGGUGGCAGAGGCUCAGAGAGCUCGUAUGUUACUGAUCGGGGAUGUUAGCGUUACGUCACAAAAACUCCCGGAAGCUGCUCAGGAGAACAUCCCAGACUUUGUAGCUUUGGAUCUUGUCAGUGCUUAUGUGUUAGGAGAGAAGAAGAAAGUGUAUAAAAAUGAAAUAGAGGAGGAGUUGGCUCCCUUGAUCGAGGCACAGGAAGUGAAGAAGGUGGAGACUUAUGAAGAACAAGUGAACCGAGCAAAAGAUGGAGCUAAAGACCUCGGAUGGAUUCACUUCUUAGGUUACCAGACAGUAUUACAGAGACUUUGUAGUACCUCCACAAUCUCUGCCUCCAGUGUCAAAUCUGACAAUUCCCCACAAGAUGAUAGCGACCCAGGUGACCUUGGACCAGACUUUGACCUUGGGUUCAUAAGUCACGCCCAGUGUGACACAACCAUGAACCAUGAUGUGGUGCGUUCUAUGUUGUUUGGUGGUAUCUGGUCCCGGCGAUCUGCUAAGCUUCAUACCUACCUGUCCUCAAAUCUACAGGUGUACAGUGAAAAAUGUUGUGCUGUGUAUCCCCCCGCAAAUCUCAGUCUGCCCACUGUAGCUGCUGUCAGGUUGGAUGCCAAUGUUUUGUACAAGUCCUACAUCCAGAACUUGACUGUGCCUACAGACCAAGAGGAGAAUGUCCAGACUGCUGGACAAGGAGUCACUGGGAAGGCCCCACCCCCUCCAGGCUCUAAUCUUAACCAGUACCAACCCCCGGACAAAGCUGUCACCACCCCCACUGAGACUGAGGCGGCUGUACAGUUUUAUCAGCCCUCAUUGGAAGAGAAUGAUCCCCAGAGACCUGAAGCUGUGGGUCCAGACUCCAGAAUCCUCCUACUAUUUGCCAUGUCCAACAAGAAGGUCAACCAACCAGGUGUCCAGUGGGUGACCUUGUCCCAGCUGAAUGACCUUCAUGACAGAUUGGCACUGCUUGCCCAGAGAGGAGAGAUUUCACUGCAGGAAAAAGAGAAGAAAUCCAAGGAUCCUAUUACUCCGUCCCCUACCCCCACUGCCAAGGCCAAGAAGACCCAGAGGAUCAAAGCUCUGUCCCCUAAAGUUCAGAGAGAUGAACAGCUAGAGAGUUUAUUGAAGCAGUGUGUUGAUGAUGUGACCACCAUACUGGGUGUCCUGACUGACCAGGCAGAAACAGCCAGUACUGCUGGAGACAUUCCAUUUGAGGUGAGCCGACAGAACAUCAGGAAUCUGGAGGGUCUGUUUGAUCCAGGAUUCGGUUUUAUUCUCCGUGGAUCAGAUAUGGCUACCUGGCUUGUUAAACUAUUGACCCAGCAGUAGGAACUAGACAGUGUUUGUUUUUUGAUAGUUUGUAUUGUGCUUAGGAAAAUUUAUAAUUGUGUCAUGGACUGUGUAAUGAGAUGAAAAUUUAUAUUAUUUUAAUUUACAUGUUGAAUUUUAAAAUAAUUGCAA